ACGCUGAUUUCAUUGUCUGAGGCGGCAGUGGAGACCCAGGAAAAAAUCUCGCGGAUUCCGCCUGAUCUGGCCCUAGUCUCAUCUUGGAUCCUCUGAUCUCUUCCGUGACCGCACCACGCCCGAGAUGAAUCUACGUUCUGUAUUUACUGUAGAGCAACAAAGGAUUUUACAGCGUUAUUAUGAAAAUGGAAUGACAAAUCAAAGUAAAAAUUGCUUUCAGCUCAUAUUACAGUGUGCACAGGAGACUAAGCUGGACUUCAGUGUAGUCAGGACGUGGGUUGGCAAUAAGCGAAGAAAAAUGAGUAGUAAAAGCUGUGAGUCAGGAGCAGCAGGAACUGUGUCUGGUACCUCAUUGGCGGCUCCGGACAUUACAGUCAGAAAUGUGGUUAAUAUUGCCCGCCCUUCCAGCCAGCAAUCUUCUUGGACUUCUGCCAAUAAUGAUGUCAUUGUAACUGGUAUAUACAGUCCGGCAGGCUCAUCAAGUAAGCAAGGCACUACAAAGCAUACAAAUACACAAAUUACAGAAGCACAGAAAAUUCCUAUUCAGAAGGCAGCCAGUAAAAAUGACACUGAAUUUCAAUUGCACAUUCCUGUUCAAAGACAAGUAGCACACUGUAAAAAUGCUUCUGUGCUCCUAGGGGAAAAGACAAUUAUUUUGUCAAGACAGACAAGUGUACUAAAUGCUGGAAACUCAGUGUACAAUCACACAAAGAAAAGCUACGCAAGUUCUCCGGUGCAAGCUUCUGAAAUGACAGUACCUCAAAAGCCAUCUGUGUGCCAGAGACCUUGCAAAAUUGAACCAGUUGGGAUUCAAAGGUCAUAUAAACCUGAACAUGCAGGUCUGGCAUCACAUAACUUAUGUGGGCAAAAGCCAACCAGUAGAGACCCUUGCUGUAGAACACAAAACUUGGAAAUUCGUGAAGUGUUUUCAUUGGCAGUCAGUGAUUACCCUCAGAGAAUUCUGGGAGGAAAUACCACACAGAAGCCAGGCUCAGCAGAAGGAACUUGUUUGUCCAUUGCAAUGGAGACUGGAGAUGCAGAGGAUGAAUAUGCCAGAGAGGAAGAGCUAGCAUCAAUGGGAGCACAGAUAACAAGCUACUCAAGGUUUUAUGAAAGUGGCAAUUCCCUUCGAGCUGAGAACCAAAGUACAACUUUGCCUGGACCAGGAAGAAACCUGUCAAAUUCACAAAUGGUGAAUAUUAGAGAUUUGUCAGACAAUGUACUGUAUCAAACUAGAGACUACCAUUUGACACCACGGACCUCAUUGCAUACAGCAUCAAGUACUAUGUACAGCAAUACUAAUCCAUCACGGAGUAAUUUUUCUCCACCUUUUGUAUCAACAAACCAACUGAGGUUAUCACAAAACCAAAACAAUUACCAGAUUUCAGGAAACCUUUCUGUGCCUUGGAUUACAGGGUGUUCUAGGAAAAGAGCAUUUGUGUCUGUGUUUGGAAAAAUAGCCUUCUCCUUUAAUUUUCAUGACGCACCUUUACCUGCAAACCUGGCUAAAGAGUCCAGGUGUUGUUUUGUUAGCUUUUGCACGUACGCAGACUUGUGUCUCCAGACCGAUAAUUGCUGUCUCCUUCUGGUCUCUGACUGUGUCACCUUGUCACAGUAA